AAAUCUAAAAAGAAGGAAACGGAAGUGCUUGAAAUCCAAAUCAGGUGAUUACUUACUGCAAGCGGAUUAAUUGAGAGUCUUACAGUUUGUAAGUUUUUUUUUCUUAUUUUUAUAUAAUAACGAGGUUAUAAUACGACCUUGUGUGGGUUUGGCAUGAUAGGGGCCUGUGUACAGUGUAAGUUGUUGGUUAUAUAUAUUUAUAUAUAGUAACCAGGAAGAGUUUUUUUGUGUUUUAUUUACUGCAUUUAUCAGUGAAGCGCUGCUCCGAGUUACCCGAGUCAGGAUUUUAAAACGGCAAGUUACCGUCUCUGCCGGAGACAAAGGCUGAAACCAAUUCACGAGUCUGAAGAGGUUUGUUCUCCUCUGAAAUAGAAGCGACAAUGGAUCUCCGGAUUUCCGUGUCCCAUUUUAAAGGCGAGCUCGUCCCUACCAUUGAACAAGCAGUGAAAGCGGCUGUGGACGUCGUUGUGUGUGAACUUGCAAAGCUGAUCGACAGCAAACUUGUUGAUUUCCAAAUUGAAAUGGAAAAAGAAAACGCAAGUCUGAAGAUGAGAUUAGAAAUGUCAGAUAACGAAGUGAAUGUAAUGCGUGGAUAUUUGAAUACUGCAGGCAUUUCUCUCUUAAACUCCAACUGUAAUAAACAGACCUCUCGAAAGAACAACAGUGAGAUAUUUGCUCUACCUGGGAGGGGCAGCGGCAAUAUCACCACAGACUCGUGCGUUCCAUUGUUCAAUGACAAAGUUAACACUGCUGUAGGCGAGAGCAGUAUCGGGUUUGCUCGCUGUCUGUCCACCACAAAGCGGGAUUGUAUAAGUAACCCAGUCCCGUCAAUAGAAAUACGGGACCCAGUGCAUGCAAUAAAUCGAGACUGCCGGGCUAAACAGCAAGACAUUGCACAGUCAGAACAAGAGUUGCUGAUUAGAGUGCAUGACUAUGAACCAGUAAGUGACACGUGGAUACCCGAGUGGGGCAGAACUGUUAAAGGUACUGAAGAUGAAACAUGUCUCCCUGAUACUGAGAACAAGGCAAAGACAGAAUCUGUCCAGAUCAUUGAGGUGACAGUGGGGGGGGAGCUCACUGAGCUGGUCUCUGAAGUGGAGCCAGGCUGCAUUAAACAGGAGGCCCUGGAGCAGCAAUCUGGCUCUGAAGAGACAUGCUCUAUAAUUGAGGAGGGGACUGAUCUGGGGUCCAUCCUGGGCAGGCCUCACUCCACUCGGCUGCAUACAAGCACAGGAAACUGCAGAUCCACGCUGGCUCUCGCAGACUCGCCCGUGGAACUGAGCCACAGCAAUGAGGGAGAGCGGAGAAUGCCUUCCACUAGCAGGACAGCAUUGGAUACAAAAGAACAACAUGGCUCUUGCAUAUUGUCUCACCACAACCUCUCAUACAAACAGCAGCAAGGUAUGCAAGUGGGGAAAACACAUCAAGAAGAGUAUUGGCAAAGCAUGAGAACUGAGACUGUUAGGUUUCAGAAUUCUUCUUUACCACAACUUGAUCUGCCCUUUGUAAAAGGAACCACUCAACGAAUGUGCAGUUUGGAAACCCCUGAGACCUCAAAUGGAAAAAAAUCAAGUCAACUAGAAAACCUGAGUAGACACCUGGGAACUCAAGCAGGAAAGAGAUGGUUUUGUAAUGUUUGUAGGAAAAGUUUCCGUCACUUAGUGGCCUAUAGACAACACCAGCGUGUUCACGUGAGAGAGACCCCUCAUCGUUGCAAUGAAUGUGGAAUAAGCUUUGCUCGGGUAGAAAAUCUUAAAGUGCACCAGCAAAUCCACACAGGAGGGAAACUGUAUCAUUGCAUUGAAUGUGGGCAAAGUUUCAGUCUUUUUGAGUCCUAUAAGCAGCACCAGCGAGUCCACACAGGAGAGACUAAUCGCUGUUCUGUUUGUGGAAAAAGUUUCAGUCGCUCGGCAAACCUGAAAAGACACCAGCUGAUUCACACCGGAGAGAAACCAUUCCGUUGUACACAAUGUGGACAAAUGUUCCGUCACUCUGGAGCCUUUAAACGACACCAGCGACUUCACACCUGACUGAGCUGUGAGACUGAGACUGAGCCACUGCCAGACAUAUGAGGUGUGACUUUAUUAACAUGUUUAACUGAGGUGUCUUGAAGACGGCACACAGGUUUGCAUCUGCCACUGACAGAGCAGAUCGCAAUCACAAUGGUUUGUGACCAGAUGAUGUAUUAAUUUAGUAUUUUAAUAUUGUGUUCUCACAUUUCCAAGCAGACAGGUUCUGUAUGUAUAAACUCUAAAUACAUAAACACUGUGUUUUCAUUUAUAAAGAA